AUGGAAGAAGAAAGCAUCACAUUAUUACUACAGCAGCUCCAGGAGCUCUGUACAGAGAUGCGGACUCAGAAACAACAGCUCCAAGAAGAGAAUAACAGCUUACAGGCAGAACUACAGGCCGUACAGAACUCACAACUAAGAAACCAUCCACCAGUUACCACUACAGUUACAUCCGCAACGCCCACCCCCUACAAACAAAGCUAUCCCUGUCCUUGUCACCUGGAUGUCAAACCCUUUACUGGAGAAGACCCUAAGGACUACCCUCCUUUCCAGAUGAACCUUUAUAUAAAGUUUGCAAUCAACGCCGCCUGCUACCCUACAGAGGAGGAACAAGUUUACUAUGCCUACAGCCGCCUAAGAGGAAAAGCCAGCCAACACCCUAGGCAGGUGGCCAUAGUCCAGGAAGAACAAGACCAAAUCAAUGACUACAGCAAGAGCUGCCUGACCUAUGGGGUAAUCAGUAACAAGUUUGUCAAGAUAUAUUAA